AUGGUGGUCCUACGAGAGAUGGAAGUGGAAGCUGAGCCGGAACCACCCGUGGAUCGUCAGGUGGCACUGGCUACCGGCGGCCAGGCUUUUGGUGUGGCAUUCCAUGUGCAUGAGCGGAACAAUCUUGUGCAGCGCGUGGAGUCAUGGAUGCGAGACUUCGUUACCCAUCACCGGGUGGAGACGUUGGAGGACUUCAUUUUCCUCGUGGAGAAGGCUACCUGGGGGCCCAGUUUGAAGACUCUUGUGGAUGAGGUCCAGUCGAUUCGGGAGUCGCGCUUGAUAUUGGCACGCUUCAAGUCUGCAUGGCAGUCGGGUGUCACGGCUAUCCAGGCUGCUCAGACUGCCAGUGCUAAGCAUGAAUCCGCUGACGUGGAGGAGCCGAUUCCCGAGCUUCAGUUUCAGCAGUUGGCCAAUGAUUGGCAACGCAGUUACAAUUUGAAGAUCGAGCCACACUUGGAUCCAAGUGACUCCUUGAGGGCGCGCGUGUGGCGCGAAUUCAAGCGCAGGGCCCUCACCAUCAUGGAAAUGAGUAAGGUGAAGUCCGUGGUUGGCGGCGCAUCUCCUUUGGAUGAGGACAAGAUCAGUUUUGAGAAGGGCGCCAAGUGCUUGGAUGGCAAGGAGUACAUCAUGAUGACUCUCACUUGUGCCCUCGAAGAUGCAGACUUUGUCUUGAGGCACACACUUCUCUACGGUCAACAGAACUUAGCGUGGAUGUCCAAGUUGGACCUGCUCACUCGUGGUACGAUGGAGGGCAAGGCAGUGAAUGUCCCGCCACCGCCGUCAAGGUUCGUGAGUUCGGAUGAUUCCCCAGCCAAGCGCAGAAAGGUUGUCACAGUGAGCAUGUUGAAGGGAGGCCCUGCGGAUCUACAUCCCAUUCCAGGGCUAACCAUUUAUGGUGCGUCAGAUGGUGGCGACAAGCUUAGUGCAGAGCAGCUGGCUUCGGAUUUGCUUGGACAGAGGUGUUACUCCUUUGACCUCGAAGCUGCCAUCAGUGGUUUGCUUCUUGAAUGCAUGGCUCGAUCCAGUAACUGCACCGUGUCGGUAGGUCGUGUGCAUUCCACAUUGCAGCAGCCGCUCACCUUUGAUGCCCAGUGUUUGCAUGCUACGCAACCUUUCCAAGGCAUCCUCAUGCGCCCCCAUUGCGCAACGCUUGAGGGCGGCGCGUCCUGUGGUGUGGAAGGGGGCUGGCGACCUCUUGCAGGUCCCUUGGUCCAGGACUCCGCAUGGGAAGUGGCUUGUGCUUUUGUGGAGUGGCUUUGGCGGGCUUUGCUUAGCUUGCCUGUCGCUUGGGAUGCACUUUGGGCUUUCGCAGCUGAGUGUGAUCAGGAUGCAGUUACAUGCGUGCAGAGUACCAUGCCAAGCGUUGUCCAUGUGCCUCACGUGGAAGCUGUAUCAGUUGACGUGCUGCUUCCCUUUUUGGAGCGCCGGCAAGUGUGCGGGAUUCUUGUCGGCGGGGGCUCACCCUGUCAAGGGAACAGUGCGCUCAACAUGCGACGGCAAGGCUUGCGUCUGGAGAUCAUCACCUUCUUAGAGAAUGUGGCCAAUGCCCCAAGCGAUGUUGAGAAGGCCCCGGCCAUCUUUACAUUCACACGUGAGUUUUACCAUCCCGUGGAUGGAACACAGCUUGUUGUGGCGUGGGCAAACGUGGCAAACUUCACCGUCCGAGCGGUCUCAGCGCAGCUCUCUGUUUUCCAGGUGGAAGCAAGCAUUUGGAAUCGCUGCACCCUGUCAUUGUCGCAUUGUGAUACCGCCCUACUGCAAGCUUUCGCCGCAUUUCAGAUGUCGCGAGGUGCAGAGUGGCGUGAGCUACCACCCAGCGCCAUCGGGGCGCGCCAACGGUCUCAGAUUUAUGCUGGGCUUUCGGGCCAACGCUUUUCAUCUGAGAGCGAGCGUGGCUUGGACCAUCUGCUUCCGCCAGGGCUCGGUAAAGAGCAGCACAUGUUGCAAUCAUCUGCGCUCCCGUCUCCAUUCUUGACGCGCGAAUGGCCUGAUGCUGAUGUCGAGUUUGUGACCUACACGAUAGGCGUCUGGCGCGAGCUCCUUCCGUUGCUCGCGAAGCGUCAGCGCCAAGUUUUCCGCUCGGUGGUUAAAGCUGCUAGCCCCUUGCAGGAGACGUUGAGUAGAUUCAGGUGUGAUAGUGCAACUCGCGUGGCUGCCAAUAAGAAUGCUGCUGUCAUUGCUUUCUUCACGUCACUGCUGCGCUGGCCUGACGUUUGGCAGGCUAAGGAGAUGAUUCAGGGUUUUUCCAUUGUGGGUGAGAUUCCAGUUUCGGGCUUGUUUCGUGCCAUAACCCCCCACCUCUCCAAGGACCCUGAUACUCAAGCUUGGCUUGCAUCUGAUGCAGUGGCUGCGGUUGAUGCAAUCAUGCAGUCAUCUCCAGGCAAGCAUGCUGCGGAAAUCCAGCGUGUCACUGAGAAGGAACAGGCCAAGGGCUUCUGUAGUGACUGGAUGACUCGCAGUCAGCUUGAUGCGCGCUUUGGGAGUGGUGGCUGGCGCCCCCUCGAGCGUUUCUUGACCGUGCAAGCUGAUGGUAAGCUUCGUGUGAUCGACAACGCCUUCACCUUUUGGCUCAAGGUGAAGGCUCAAGUCACAUUGAAAAAACGCGCGUUUCCGCUCUUUCGAAACAUGGCAACUCCUAUCAAAAGUCCGUUGCAGAAGAAACACAAGGGGAACGAAGGCCCAGAUGAUGACAUUGAGAUUACCUCCGUGAACCCCGGUGGAAAUCAGCAACCUGUGUCUUUGGAAGCUAUUGAAAAGCUCCUGGACAGGAAGCUGGACCCUUUGAACUGUUUCCUGCAGCAAAUCCACCUUGAUCUCGGAGCUUCCAAAGAAUCAGUUUGCGUGGAAUUCGAAGGCAUGGGCCUUCGACUUACAGAAACAGAAAAUCAGGUAGCCGCCGCUAUGAAACGCGUCGAAGCUUUAGAGCAGGAGACUGUCAAACUGAAAGUUGUGGAAACUACACCCCGCCACUAUGACAGCAACAAUCCGAGGUCCUUAUCCAUGAUGGUCGGGAACAUUCCAGGUGCUUCCUCCCUUGAUGAUGCAAAAACAUGGUUGGACAAACACUGUCGAUCAGUUGGUAUUGCAUCCCCAAGCCCUUCAGACGUGUACCAAGAGGGUUCGGAUUCCAACUUGGUGUUCGUGAAGUGCCAGAGCGAAUCACAUCGUGACAGUUUCAUUCAAAGUAUCAGGGACGAGUCAAAGAAAUUACGAGGUUCUUCCCCAACACAGGCGAUCUCAUCGCAUCUUUUCGCAAAAGUCGAUUUGCCCUUUGAUGUGCGUGCGGUGGAAGGUGCUCGCUAUGCCAUGAAGAAAAUGCUCGUAUCGUGGAAUUUCAAUUCCUCAUGCGUAAGAUACGACAUUCACUCAGGCGUCCUCUCAGUCGCUGGAAGAGAAAUCGUCAAAGUGUCCGUGCAGAACUUCGCGCCAUGA